AUGGAUCGGUCAAAAGUGUAUCCGCCGUACAUCUCCCAUGCCUUCACGCCCAAUACCGAGCUGGCCAAGACGCAAACGAUACCGCUCGUAAGUCCACCGGAGGGAAGGCUCCUCCUGAAAACGCCCAGGACUUUCAAGACCGAUCUGCGCUUCCAGAGCUCGGCCGUUGCAGGAAUCCAGCGUAGCCAUCUGGUCGGUCUGUUCGAAGAUACCAACCUGUGCGCCAUCCACGUCAAGCGUGUCACAAUUAUGCCAAAGGACAUUCAGCUGGCUCGUCGUAUUCGUGGUGAACGCUCUUAA